AUGGCUGCGAAGUUGAGACGAUGGAUUGGUAGUACGGUGUUGGUGCUGGUAUUCCUGAUGGGUUGGCUCACCUCGGACGCAUUAGGACAGAGUGCGGGAUCAACCGGAUCCGGUAGUUCCGGGUUCGACAAGUUCAUCAAAUUGCUCAGUCGCACGAAGGCUCGCAAUGCCUCGGAAGACAACGAGAUGCUCGAUUCGUACGAGUACGACUUCGUGAUCGUAGGUGGCGGAACAGCAGGGAUGGUGUUAGCCAGCCGGUUGUCGGAGAAUCGCCAAUGGAAGGUGUUGCUGCUAGAGGCUGGCCAGUACGGUUCAAAGCUGUUCAACAUCCCGAUCGGGUUCCAGUUGGCUGUGCUGUCUGAUGCGUACAAUUGGCGAUUCCUGAGUACGCCGCAAAGCAACGCUUGCUGGGGCACGAUUGGCAGCCAGUGUCCGGUGGACGUCGGUCGUGGUGUCGGCGGAAGUACACUCAUCAACGGGCUCAUCUUCUCUCGAGGAAACCGGGAUGACUACGAUCGUUGGGCAGCCGCUGGAAACGAGGGCUGGUCGUAUGAGGACGUGCUGCCGUACUUCCGUCGAGUGGAGAAAGCCAUCGGUGAGCCGACAGAUGGCACGUACCGAGCAUCAGGUGGACCUGUGCGUGUGGAGCGAUCAGCGUAUCGAUCGGAACAUGCUCGCAUCUACCUCGAGGCAGCACAGGAAGCGGGAUAUCGACUUGUGGACUACAACGGUCGUACGCAGUUCGGUAUUUCGCCUGUACAGGCCACCAUGACCAAGGGACAACGGCUGACCGCAUACAGCGCGUAUCUACAGCCCGUGCAGAAGAGGCGACCUAACCUGAAGGUGUUGACUGGUGCGUCGGUAACACGCAUCCUGAUCGAUCCUGAGACGAAGUUGGCAACUGGAGUGCGAUUCCGCAAGGGCGGCCAGCAGAUUGAUGUGACUGCUCGUAGAGAGGUGUUGUUGGCCGGCGGAGCCAUUCUAUCGCCGCAGCUUCUAAUGCUAUCCGGAGUAGGUCCUCGGGAACACCUGGAAGAGCUCGACAUCCCAGUGAUCGUAGACCUGCCUGUGGGCGAGACGCUCUAUGACCACCUCGGCUUCUCCGGGUUACAGAUUGUGAUGAAUGGCACGGAGUUCUUCGCGCCCGGAGACAUCCCAACACUCGAGAACUUCUACGAAUUCCUGAAGGGCCGAGGAGUACUAACAGUGCCAGCCGCGGUGGAGCUUGUCUCAUACCCGAACCUAACUCUAGCCGGACGUCGGGGUCCUUCGCUUGAGUUAACGAAUCUGAUCAGUUCGUUUGCCGUGGACAAAGGCACCACAGCCAAGCGGAGUGUGCGCAUGCGUGACGACGUGUAUGAGGCGGUGUACCGACCACUCGAGACACAGAACCACUUCACGGUCAUCGUGCAAAACCUGCACCCGGUGUCACGUGGUUCGAUCAAAUUGGCCAGUGCUAGUCCGACGACCGCCCCACUCGUCGACCCAAAUUACCUGGCUGAGGAACUGGACGUGGACGUGGUGCUAGAGGGCAUCCGUGAGACUCAGAGAUUGCUCGAGACGCAAGAGAUGCGCCGGUAUGGAGCCACGGUUUGGACGGCGCCAUUGCCCGGAUGUGCCCAGUAUGAGUCCGAUUCAGACGACUACUGGCGUUGCGCUAUCCGGACUGUGUCGUUCUCGCUGACCCACUUCACGUCCAGCUGCAAAAUGGGACCCCCGGCGGACGUUGAUGCGGUCGUUGGCCCCGACCUGAAGGUGUACGGUGUCGAGAAUUUGCGCGUCGUCGAUGCGAGCAUCAUCCCGGAACCGGUUUCCGCCCAUCCGAUGGCGGCUGUUUACAUGGUCGCGGAGAAGGCGGUCGAUCUGAUCGCGCAGCAGCACGCCUCCGACUGA